AUGGCCAGCUCAGCAGACUCUCUACCUCACCUGCGAUGGGGCAUCCUAGGCACGGGAUGGGUCUCGUCAAUGUUUCUCCGCGACCUCCUCACCACCCGACCCGACGCCAAAGCAACACACACCAUCACAGCCAUCGGGUCCUCUUCCAUCGAGAAAGGCACUUCCUUCGUGGAGAAGCUCUGGGAGAAAGCGCCGGAUAAGCCCAAGCCCCAAGUCUACGCGGACUAUCAGGGUGUCUACGAUGAUCCAAACGUGGAUAUUGUAUACAUUGGAACGCCGCACUCACUGCACAGGAAGAACUGCCUUGAUGCUAUCGCAGCGGGUAAACAUAUUUUGUGCGAGAAGCCUUUUACGAUUAAUGCGAAGGAAGCAAAGGAUAUUGUUGAUGCGGCGAGGAAGAAAGGCGUUUUUGUCAUGGAGGCUGCCUGGGUGAGGUUUUGUUCCUUGUUUGAGGCGUUACAUGAAGAGAUCAUUGUCAAGAAGUCAAUCGGUGAAGUGCAGCGACUUUCCAUUGACUUUGGAAACAAGUUUGAUCUUAGCAGCCUGCCCGACAAUCAUCGUCUCAAAGACCCCGCGCUUGGAGGCGGUGCUCUGCUUGACAUUGGAUUUUACACACUAACGUUUGCUUCGAUCAUUCUUGGUGAUUGGAAAGUUGGAAAAUAUCAUCCGAAACCGACAAAGGUCCUGUCAUCUCUUGACAUUGUUGGUGGUAUUGACGCUGCGAACACGGUCAUUCUCGAAUACCCCUCCGCCAAUGGAGGUGUCAAAACAGGAAUCUGCACCUCAAGCUUCCGUUAUCGAGGCCCUGAUGAAUUCGGCUACAUUCAAGGUACCAACGGAAGUAUCACAUUGUUUGGUCCCGCAGUCAGUGUCCCCGGUGGAUUCCGCGUCACUGAGGGAGAGCGCCCGGGACCUCCUGCAGCCGAUACCCGAACCACGCGCGUUUUCAACGUGGAGCGCCACGAGGGAACGUUGGGAUUCUACUGGGAAGCUGAUGCUGUGGCGCAGGAUAUCGCGGCGGGGAAGACGGAGAACGAUGUUGUUCCGUUGGAUGAGACUAUUCGUUUGAUGGAGUUGAUGGAUGAGAUUAGAGCUGCGAAUGGGCUGGAGUAUCCCCAGGAUGAGAAUUAG